UGUGUUUCUGUGGUCCCUCGCAUUGCAUUAACUAACUUGGUCCUCAUCGGAUGGCUUCCGCAUGGUUUGUUCAAGCCGCCAUGGCGAGACUGGCCGCCAUAGGAUGAGACAUGCCAGGCGUUCCACAUGAGCCAUGAAGGGCUUCCUGGUCUCCCUUUUCUUCAGCUGCCCUGGUCUGCCAUCUGGAAGCUUGUCACGCGUCUCUUCCGACUGGGCCAGGCGCUUGUGUCAGGGGCGCCAGUUGUGGACACUGCCUGACGUGCCGGUGUGCACGGAGGAUGGAAGCUGUGAGAGCUACUCCUUGGGCUCUGGUUUUUGCACUUCUUGGAUGGCACUUCCUUGGAAGACCACUUUGAAGGCACCGAUUGGCACACCCAGCUGGAAAGGUUGCACUGCUCAGGGCUUCUACGCACGACAGGGCGAGGUGUUUCAACAUCCACCGCCCCUGCUGAAUUGCCCAUUGGCAGUACCUUUGGCCAUCCUCUCAGUGCCGAAGUCGGCCUCGUCUACCUUCCUGGUGUGGCUGGCCACCCUGGAGGGCCGCAGCGAGGCGAACCUGCUGGCGGCGCUGGCGGCGCGACGGUGUCUCGAGCACACACAGGACCCUCAACGAGCCAAGUCGUGCUUCGCCAAAGCAUUGUAUCAUCGCUACGCCAACUAUUCCUCUCGGCUUCCAGGACUGAACUUGGAGGCCUUCGGAUGCCACCGAAGUGACGUGAAUGCCUUGGCGGACUACGGCCUGAGGUUUCAACAAGACAUGCGAACAGGUUGGCUGGUGGUUCCGCCAUUCAUGUGCCAGCAGUGUUGCACGCAGGGCUAUGGACGUUUGCUGGUGGUCCUGGGCAGAAACCCCUACAUGAGGCUUGCCUCGUACUUCCAACGGCGAACCGGACCGAAAGUGCCUGGAAGCAAGGCGGUGGAUUGGUCCAAGUUCAAGGGCUGGGUGCGGCUCCUUCACAACAUCACCACCAACACCAACAGCUUCCAAACCCUUCGUGGCGUACCGCACUUGAUUGGCUCCGAUGACCUUCUCCACUUGCGCUCUGCGAAGGAGAUGUUGGAUGAUGCCAGGCGAAUCGGUCGCUCCUUCUUGAUCCGGUGCCGCUGCCAUUUGGGGAAGAAGGAAGAAAUUCACCAUUUGAACAGCUGGGUGCCACAUGCGUUCGCCAAUUGAUGUGCUCUCGAGAAUCAAAACCAUGUCCAACUCAGUGACUUUUUUUGGCUGGCCAGUGUAGUUCGCGCGCCAGACGGUGCAUGUGCAUCGCUUGUGCACCGUGAAUUUGGAUCGCUUGUGCACCGUGAAUUUGGACGUCUCUCUUUAGCCCAGAAAUAGUCAUGGAAGCAUCCAGGGUGCGAAAAACGACGCUGCCAAUUCCGUGUGAUUUAUGGGACGUUCAUGACUCUCGAGAACUUCUUCGGAAUGCAAUGCACUUUCCUCGAGCGCGCUGGUCGCUGUGAUGCCGUGCACAUUGGCAGGUGCAAGGAAAUCCUGCAGCUUUGGUGCUCGCUGUAGACCCCCCCACCCCACCCUGCGCAGGUGAGUGCAAGAGUUGUGCUUGGGUGUAGUGCUGUAGGCCCUACCCCACACCCCAAGAUGCAGGUGAGUGCAAGAUGCAGGUGUGUGUAGAAGACCCGUGGUGCGCAAGUGAUCCAUGGGUGUGCUCGGUUUUGGCAAGCUUUACAGCAGUUUAGAGCCUGUCCCUAGUUUCUCUGGAAAAUCCUUGGUGCGCAAGUGAUCCCCUUGCCGCGCAAGACUCGCAGGAUUUCAGAUGUUUUUGUUCCCAGUCGUUGACCGCUUGUUUUAAGGAACCUCUUCUCACCGACCUCAAAAGCUAGGUGACCAAUGAAAAGAAACUUGUAUAUAUAUAUAUAUAUGAUAUACACCGUAAUUGAUAUUGUAUCCUACUGUUUGUCUAUAUAUACCAUCUAGCUCCCCUCCCCUAGCAAAAACGUGUAGUUCCAUGGGAUCUGACCAGGAUUUUACCAGGGCGCUCGCAGCGUGACUUCACGGUGGUGCAUCAAGAGACCCUCGAGGCAGAUCUCAAAGCCUUGGAACGUCAGCUCUGCCGUCGCUUUGGAUCCUGCAGCGCUUUACCUCCCCUGCCCAAGCAGAAGGAAGGCUUCCAUCAUACCAACUCCAACUCUUUGAUGAAGAAUCCGAGCAAGUGGCGUUCGCUGUGGAAGGGGCUCGAGCAACCUAUGGUCGCACGCUAUGGCUGGGAUUUCGAGCAUUUGGGAUAUUCCACUGACCCAUCAGAGAUCUUGCCACGAAGUGUGGUGGACGCGGGAGAAAAGCGCGUGGACCGUGUGGAAGGGAGAAGAUUUCGGGCGCCGAGGGGCGCCCCCCCUGGUUUGGGCAGUUGGAAAGGAUUAGCGGCUCACUUGCAUUCACCGACUGAGAUCCUUGGAAUUCCGAUUUCGACCACCUAACAGUUUGAACAUCCAAGACGCGGCCAGUUGCCUCGUUGGCUUACUUGAUACUGGGUCAUCUGGCUCGACCUAAUUUGACAAGGAUGCUCACGCUUAAGCCAGCUGCUUAAAAGCCGAAUGUGUUGAAGGGACCAAUCACUUUUUUGUUGGCACUUGCUCCCGUUGUUUUUUCAUGUUUACCAGCAGUUUUGUAGGCAAAACGUCCAUGUCAUGCGUCACCUGUCCUUUUCUGGUGAUGCUUCCCUG